CCAGAAAUGAAUUAACUUAUUUACAAACAUUAAAAAUAAUAUAAAAAACAAAUUGUAGCAUUUUAAAAAUGUGUAUGGGUGAGUGUGGCUCAGAUUGCCGUGACAUAAACAACAACUUGCAAAAAUCUGAGCUCACCUCGUUCGAAAAUGAUUCUGUGUACUUUCAACAAGUCAUACGUCCAAUGCUCGCGCCUGGACACGAAUCCGAAUUUAUAUUUUGGCUUAAAUGCUUUGGGAUGAUACCCAACAAUCAGGUUUGCAAAAAUGCAGCUUUCAACCAGGACUGCAACAAGGCCAUGAGUUGGGUGAACUAUCGGGCCCAUGAUUUAUACCAGUGGAAGUGCAAUAAUUGUUCAGAAAAGAAGAGCAUCAGAGAAGGAUCAGUCUUUUCUGAUGUUAAAUGCAAUUUUAAUAAUGUUAUUAGAGUCUUGCUGGGCUGGUGCAAGUCUUAUGACUACGAAAGUUUAGCUGCAAUAUUAGAUAUUAAGAAGAGCGUUAUAUGCACACUUUAUAACAUCGCCGCGAGAGUAGCCGAAGAUUACAUCAAACAGAAUAUUGGGGAUUUCCAAAUAGGUGGCCCAAAUAAAAUCGUCCUCAUAGACACUUAUCCAGCGGGAUGCGGAAACUACAGUCAAAACCGGGGUCACCGCCCAAUUUUAUGCCUUUGCGAAGUCAAGACAAUACCCCAGAAAUUCUGGUUCCAGUCAUUGGACAGAACCAGAUGCUCUCAAGUUGUUCAAACCAACAAAGUGAAAAUUCUUCAAGCCAUAAGAGAAGUUGUACGACCAGGAUCGAUACUGAUAGCACCCAUGGAAAACAACGCAUGUUCAUACAACGAUUUGCUUCCGUUGAAAGAUAUGUUUCCUACAAUCAUCAGCGUCGAGACUCUAAGGCGGCACAACACGAAUAGGGUCUGUUGUGAGGAUAACUUGGACGUCAUAUGGAGGAAGGCUUUGGAUGUUUGUGAGCAGGCGCAGUUCUACAAUCACAUGCAUAUACAACAGUAUUUGACCAGUUACAUGUGGCAGCAAAUGUUUGGUGCUGAAAGUUUUGAGAGGUUGUUGCAUCAGUUUAGCAUUCAUAAUUAAUGCUUUGAGAUUAUGAGAUUAUCUGUUUUAAAUAUGUGUUAUUUGUUUUGAUAUUAUAUUUAUUUAAAUUUUUACCUAUAACUGAAAUUAUCUGGAUUUGUUCUGUAUUUUUUUGUUGUUUGAUAAUUAAAAUUCAUGUUGUUUAUAAGAUAGUGUUAACAGAAAAUCUUAAGCAAUAAAUUUUGGUGCUCCUUUCGUAAAAUUUACGAAAUUUUCUCAUAUUUGAGACAAGUAAAAGUAUACGCAUAAUUAAUCACCUAUUUAAAGUCAACAAUUUUGUUGUAAUACAAGUAUAAUAUUUUUAAUCUGUUUAUUAUUAAGAUAUUGUUAAUGUUUUUACUUGGUUUUCACCAAUGUGCCUUAUCAUUUGAAUAUGACUCACUUAUUUGUAGUAUCUGAUAUUGUAUUCAUUUUGUUAAUAAUAAUUUAGCAAUAAUUAAGUUAUUAAUUAAUAUUUAAUUGUUAAAACACUGUCAAUUAUAAUACUUAAAAUACAGUGAUGGAUGAAUUCAAGAAGUUUUAGUCGACUAUCGUCAGAGUCGAGUCACCAGUCAUGAUAGAAAUGACUUAAUUUGCCAUUCAAACAUCUUGAAGUCACUCAUCACUACUGAAAGUUAUGUUACAGUAGUUUAUAUUAUUGUGCCCAAGACUUGUGUUAAACUGCACCUAGAAAACCGACUUUAUGAUAGGUUUAAGGUUUAUAAGAGAAAUAAAACCACAUUUAAUGAAUAAAUUGUUUUGAUUAUGUAUUUAA